UGGGGGAACUGCGUGGAAGUGGAACCUUAGGAGACUGGGUUGGAAACCCUGUAGGAAAGAAAAGAGAGCGCGCCUGCCGGCACGUGUUGUUAGACGUUGGGGGCUUCGCUGCGUUAGUGCUGACGGGCAGCGUCCUGAGGAGAGUGUGUGCGUGUGGGAAGUGGAGGGCUGUCGGGCCCACCCUCUCCUCUCUCCUAACUGGGGACUUCUCGGAGGAUGGGGCGGGGGCUGACAAGAAGUGGUCCGCUGUAGGUCUCCCGGACUGCAGGUCGUGGCCUUGCGCUCACGCCGGCGGUUUUGUGAGCUCGCUUGGAAGGAGGCAGCCAGCUUCUGAGGAAGGUUUGAAAGAUAGAUGCCCAGCAUUCAUGAAACCCAACCGAGAAAUGAAGCGCCUUUUUGUGGGUGGGCUUGGACAAGGCAUUUCUGAGGCAGACCUACAAAAUCAGUUCAGCAGAUUUGGAGAAGUUUCUGAUAUAGAGAUCAUCACUCGGAAAGAUGACCAAGGAAAUUCACAGAAAGCCUUUGCAUAUGUUAACAUCAAAAUAACAGAAGCAGAUCUCAAAAAAUGUAUGUCUAUUUUAAACAAAACAAAAUGGAAAGGUGGAACACUACAAAUUCAGCUAGCAAAAGAAAGCUUUUUGCACAGAUUAGCCCAAGAAAGAGAAGAAGCAAAAGCAAAGAAAGAAAAAUCAACCACUGGCAAUACCAGCUUAUUGGAAAAGAUUGGAGGAGUAGAUUUCCAUAUGAAAGCUGUGCCUGGAACAGAGGUACCAGGACAUAAAAAUUGGGUUGUGAGUAAAUUUGGAAGAGUCUUACCUGUUCUUCACCUUAAGAGUCAACAUAAAAAUAAAAUUAUGAAAUAUGAUCCAUCAAAAUACUGCCACAACCUAAAAAAGAUAGCAGAGAAUUUGACAGAAAACAUUCCCAUAACUGACCUCACUUGGGAAUUGGAAGGAGGCAAUGACCCUAUGAGUAAGAAACGUCGAGGGGAGUUCUCUGACUUUUAUUUCCCUCCCCAGAAGAUGAAGAAAGUGCAGAAGAGCAGGGGCCCAAUGGAGUCCAAGGGCUCUGAUAGUAGUCUAAGGAUUAAUGAGGUGAUGGAGAGUAAUAAAUCAACACAGCCAGUGACUGCACACAAGAAAGCCCCUAGUAGCGGUAUGCCUUCUCAAUCACUCCUUGUGUCCACUUCUAGUACUCCGACACCUGAUCAUGUUAUUUUUCAUACUUCUGACUUUGAAAUUAUCUGGAAUAAAAGUAGCAUGUCUGAUGAUGACAUUGACUCUGAAGAUGAAUUAAAAAUGAUGAUUGCAAAAGAGGAAAACUUACAAAAAACUAGGCAUUCCUUAGUAAAUGAAUCUGAAAAUGAUCCUUUUGAAGUUGUAAAGGAUGAUUUUAAAUCAGAUAUUCACAAACUUCAUUCUUCAGCCAAGUUAGGAAAUGACUGUGAAUAUGACUCCAGUGAUACAGAUGAAAUUAUCGCAAUGAAAAAAAACAUUGUUAAGGUCAAAAACAGUACAGAAUCUUCACAACCAGAACAGCCUAUAAGCAAGAAAAGUUCUUUUAAAAAGAUAGAGCCUUCUAACGAUUGUGUUAAAGUACAAAAAACUAAAAGCAACAAAGAAUCAGCCCUGGGUCAUGGAGUAAAGUGUUUGAAUCCCAAAUUUCCACCUGACUCCAACGUCAGUGACUGUGAAGAAGAGUCCGAGGAAGAUGAAGAAUAUAAAGCUUUGAUGAAAAACUGUCCCCGGGUGAAUCUCACUUUGGCUGAUUUGGAACAGUUGGCUGGCAGUCAUCAGAAGGUUCCAGGAAAAGAUGAUGAGAGUGAUGACUCACAAAACAUCAAUCAGUGCAUAUUUGACACAAAUUCCAAGACUCCUAGGACUUCCUAUGACCUGCACAAUGGCCGACAGUGCAUUUGUCCUGAGGAUAUUGUGGCCUCUCUUUUAGAGGAAGAGGACACUUACAGCAAACAAAAACCAGAGGAAACCACUUUAAAGCCAAAAUUCCAGGCCUUCAAGGGAAUAGGCAGUCUCUAUGCAAAAGAGUCAGUGGACAAAACUUUGAAAGAGACUGUUGCCUUUAACAAUAUCAGUGAACAUCAGAGUUCCUUGAAACAUGAAGAUCAUAAUAGAAUUUUUAUAGAAAAUGGAUCCAAGUGUGCUAAUGGCUCAUCAAGCAAACUGACUUCAUGCCAACCUGCAAAGAAGGUGAAUAGCCCAAACCACAUUCAGCCUCCAAAGAGACAGUUUACUGUUGAGAGCCAGAGCCAUGAAGUAGUGUCCUCUACUAGUUUUGACAAGGAAAGUAAAAAUCCUCCCUCAUGUCUGUUGCCAUUAAAAGGUAAAAAGUCCUUAAAUCUUGGUACAAAGAGUCACAAGAUAGACUGUGACAGAGACACUUGCCAUCUGCCUGAAAGUAGAAAAGCUUCAGAGAAAGAGGGCACUGAUACAAGCAAUAUUACAUCUUUUGAGAAACCACGGAAGGUGUGUCUCAGGGAAGAUAAUCAGAAAAGCACAGCUAGUUUCUCACUUUCUGUUAGUAACGCAUCAUGUGUGAGUGCAAAGGAUAAACAUGCUGAAGACAACCAGAAGCGACUAGCCGCCUUGGCAGUGUGGCAGAAAGCUAGAGAAGUGCAGAAAAAACUGGUUCACAGUGCGUUGGCAAAUUUGGAUGGUCAUCAAGAGAACAAAAAAACACACAUUGUCUUUGCUUCUGAUAACGAAAGUGAAUCGGAAGAGACACCUACUCAUGAACAAAAUAAUUGUCCAGGAAAGGAGGUGGUGAAGGAGUCUGUGGUUAAAGCAUCUGGGAAGUUGUUUGACAGCAGUGAUGAUGAAGAAUCAGAUUCCAAGGAGGACAGCACCAGGUUCAACAUUAAACCUCAGUUUGAGGGCAGAGCUGGCCAGAAGCUCAUGAAUUUGCAGUCUCAUUUUGGAAGUGAUGAGAGAUUCCGAAUGGACUCUAGAUUUUUAGAGAGUGACAGUGAAGAAGAGGAGAAAGAGUUAAAUGAAAAUAAAACUAAUGAAGAUGAGCUUGCUGCAGAAAAAAAGAAAACAUUGAAUGUUGUGCAAAGUGUUUUGAAUAUCAACUUAAACAACCCUACUAGCAAAGGAUCAGUGACUGCUAAAAAAUUUAAGGACAUUGUACAUUAUGACCCAACAAAGCAUGACCAUGCCAUUUAUGAAAGAAAACAAGACGAUAACGAAAAAGAAAGUAAAGCAAGACGGAAGAAGAAAAGGGAAGAAGCUGAGAAGCUGCCUGAAGUGUCCCAAGACACGUAUUAUAACAUCGCUACAGAUUUGAAAGACAUAUUCCAAAAUAAGGACACAAAUGAAAAGGAAGAAGACCUGCCCUGGAACGAGGGUUGCAGUGGAGAGGAGACUGGGGACGUCAGUGAUGCUGCAAACCUGACAAGUGGGGCAGAGCAGACCAGCGGGUUCACAUUCUCUUUCUUUGAUUCAGACACUAAAGACAUAAAGGAAGAUACCUAUAGAAUCGAACCAGUGAAACGUGGGAAGAUAGUCUGUCAGGAAGAUCCCCGCUUCCAGGAUAGUAGUUCAGAAGAAGAAGAAGAAGAAGAAGAAAAAGAAGAAGAAGAAGAAGAUGUUACUAAAGAAACAGAUCACAGAAAGCCCAGUCCUGGAGAAGCAUUUCCUGAGAAAGAGACCACAAGAUUUUUCUUUUUCACUGAGAAUGAUGACAGACUUCGUGGUUCUAACUUAUUCUGGUGUGGUGUGGGAAGUAGUAUUAGCAGAAGUUCUUGGGAAGCCCGAACAAGUAGUCUCCUUUUGGAUUGUCGGAAGAAACAUAAAGAAGCGAAAAGGAAGGUGAAAGCAAAUUAGCCAAUAUUGAAUGUGCAAAUGGCUCACCAAAUCUCCAAAAGAAAUUAACCCAAAAAAUUGUUUAUUGACAAAGAAGAAAUUCCAGAGUAGAAGAAUAUUUAAAGCCUGGAUGAUAAUAUAUCAUUCUGAUUACUAUUUGUUCCUUUGGAAUUUUUCUGUAUCUCUUCCUUGGUGAUUGUGUCCUAAAAUUAACUGAGCCAGCUGUGGUGACACAAACCUGCAGCCUCAGCACUUGAGAGGGGGAGUGGGGGAACCGUUUGAGUCCUGGAGUUUAGACCACAUGAAGCCACACAGCGACAUCCCCCUCAGAUCAGGGCUCACUCUUGUUUUUCAUCCUAGAUAACUAGUGGCCAUCUCUGGGUGGAUGGCUUACACAAAGCCCUGUUUAAUAAAUGGUUUGAUGCACUUGUGCUUAAAUAUUUCUGAUUAUACUAAAUAUUCUUUACCUCCAAUUUGUCUUUUAAAACUGAAUUACAAGUCAGUUUUGAGUUCUGUACGUAUGUUCUGAUGACAAGUUGAAACUUUUUAAUAAAUGGUUCUGUAUAUUUUUUUA